AUGAACGAAGACCAGCAAUUGCCUCCUGCAGGUUAUGUGCGGAAUGAAGAUCUAUUUGUUAUCACAUAUAUCUAUGUGAUCUUUGGAGCCACAACAUUGUUUAUGAACAUUCCGCUGGCAUUGUAUCUGUUGAAAACAACCAGUAGAAACCAAAAAGAGCUCAUUGUUAUAAUUGCGUUAUCACUGAGUGACACAAUCUGUGGCGGACAGUUCUUAGCUAUGGGAAUUUAUCGUUUUCUUGUUUGGUUCAAUGAGGUUUUCUAUAUCAGUCAAGCUGCCUGCAACCGGCAAGUUAUUAUAGCAUCCUAUCAGAUAUGUAUUCAGAUGGAUAACUUCUUCAGUCUCGCAAUCGCCCUUGACAGACUUUUUGCCGUCUUAUUCCCUGUUAGAUACAACAAAUGUGGACCAGGGUAUACUGUAAUUCUAAUCUCAGCACCAAUUGCUGCAUCAUUGAUUGGUUACAGUGCCCACCUGUUGGCUUUGACAUUUCUGCCUCCAAAAUUUGUUGAUGAGAUUUGCUUCAACUUCCUGGUCGUACUUCCUCAAUACCGUAUCUACUUAUCGUUCCAAAGAAUGUUAUGUGUUUUUAUCCCGACUCUCAUCUAUUUCUUCAUUUAUAUUCGCAUGAAACUGAAGUUUCAGAGAUAUGGAAACUCGAAUGCUGUUCUUAGUAAGGGAAUGAGACAUUUGACAAAAACAGUUGCAUACAUCACUCUAGCUUCCUUCUUUUUAGUCUUGGUACCAGAAGUAUGGUGGUACUUUGGAAUAUUUGGCGGGAUGGAUGCCAGUUUCUAUUUUAUGUUCAUUCUUCUCAAGAAAAUUGUCUCAUUCUUCAUUCACACUAUCCGACAUCGGGAACUCAUGAAACAUGUGGAAAAGUUGUUGCCGAGAAAGCUCACUAAUUUCAUUCAUUUUGAUGCCCAAUCUCAUUCGGCGGUGUCUAAAGUGAAGGUUAUGAGAGAAUUCUCGCAUCCCGUGACUACCAGUAUGCGGUAA